CUUGAUUCAAUAGCCCUUUUUGUCACCUCGUGUGAAUAGGCUUAUCACUCGUCGAACUACUGGUUUGCCGGUGGUGUCCACUGACGAAGUCAUGAAGUUGCCUGUUUGCACCCACCACCGACGGUGAACCUUUUUACAUAAAUACCUGACGUCGCUCCUUGGUGCCGAACUCAUCAGGAAUAAUCGACACCAUGAGUUUCCUCGAUUCUGUCCUUUCGUCUAUCGAGACGGGCAAACCGACUCCUAUCCCUACCCCAUCUACCGCACCUUCUCCCACUGUCUCUUCAUCCAACUCUAGACCAGAGGCUCGGAAACCAACCCCGGCUGUUCGUCCUGCCACAGAUGAACGGAAGAAUGGGCUCCAAACGGGAACAAAGCGAAAAGCCGAGGAGCCGUUGCCACGGACGCAGAAGCCCGGAUCACAAAUACCCGCAAGACCUGCUGCCGCGAAACCAGCUAACGCACCAGCGCCUUCCAAUCAACGUCCAGCAACAACAUCGAAAAGCAUGAAACCUCCGACGAGCAACAAUGCGCCCGUUACUAGGAAAACUCCACCGGCACCUUCGAAGCCAGCGCCGAAAGGUUCUUUCGCGGACAUUAUGGCGCAGGCAAAAGCUGCACAGCAGAAUGCUCCCGCGCAGAUUGGAAUGUUCAAACAUCAGCCAGUGCCCAAGGAGAAGUUGAGCAGGAUGGAACGCAAGAAACGAAUGAUGGAGGCGCAGGCGAAGGAGAGGGAAUCAAAGCUAGCUAAGAAAGCAGGUGCUGCUUCCAGUGUCUCUGCUACCAAGGUCGGUAGUGCAAAGCCCUCAAUCAAGCGCGAGCAGGAAGAACCAACCUACAAGGGCACCGCAAGGCCGACAUCUACGGAGCCGGUUUACCGUGGCACGGCCAAUUUGCCAAGCCGGAAUGGCGUCCGAAGAGGCCAAUUCAGGUCUAACAAACGAUCCAGAAUGGACGAUUAUCUCGGAACAGAUGAAGAGGAUGAAGACGAUUACGCAGAUGACUAUGAUGAUUAUUACUCGGAAUCAUCUGACAUGGAGGCAGGCAUAGAUGAUGUGGAGGCCGAGGAAGCAGCAGCUCUGGCUGCAGCUCGACGUGAGGAUGAAGAGGAUAUGCGGGCAGAGGCCGCAGCUAAGAGAGAAAAGAUGGAGCGUCGCAAGAAACUCGCCAUGCUGGCCUCUAAGCGCCAGUAGCGUGUAUUUCCUUUGCCGCUAUCCAGCUGCACCUUGCCUUCUCAUUUUCGUUAUUUUAUCGGUAAUCGUUUGACUGCUAAGUUUGGGAUUGGAGCAUCAGCAUGGAAUACCCGGAGGUGCAUUGCAGAAGUGACUUUUUUCGAUUACAUUUGACUGCCCCUAUACUCCUUUCUUUGAUUUUCAUUCUUGUUUCUAUGUCUUCAGCAUCAGCGAGCGUUACGGUAUUGAUAGAUGGGGGCAACCCCUGUUCUCUCUUUCGGGUUCCUUUCAGCAUUGUGGUUAUGCGGGCGUUGCCGUUUCUUACUUGGGUAGAUCCGAUGUAGAUACUUUCAUGAUUGAACUAUUUUCA